AUGACACCGUUGACCGUGUUGUUAUCAUUAACUGUGUGCGACCGUGAAAUAAACUAUCAAAUCAACGGUAGCGUUAUUAACAUUAAGUCGUUCGUCAAAACGUGCACAUAAUUCGGUAUAUUUUAUCGAAAACAUUUAUUUAUUAUUUAAAUUACAGGACGUACCCUUCCCGUCCCGGUCUACUGUCGAGUGUGCGGUGACAAGUCGUUUGGAAAACACUACGGCGUUUACUGUUGCGACGGUUGUUCUUGUUUUUUCAAACGGAGCGUCAGGAGGAGGAUCGUCUACACGUGUAUCGGUACGUUCGGGUCCGCGCAAUUAAAUGCAUAAAAUAUAAAAUCAAAAUAUUAUACACGUAUAUCAUUAUGUAUACUUAGCCGGCACUGGCCAGUGUGUAGUGGACAAAGCGCGAAGAAACUGGUGUCCGUUUUGUAGACUGCAAAAAUGCUUGCGGGUCAGUAUGAACGUCACCGGUAAGUCGAAAAGUCGCUCGAGUAUAAUGUAGUAGGAAAAUUCGAAAAUCGUAUUUUCAGUUUGUUCGUAAUAAUAUUUUAACCCGUUAUUUUAAAACGGAACAGUUUAGUAAAUAAGCGCAUGUAGGUAUAGAAACAGUGGCGGCUAUCGCGAGCCUUGUAAGCAGGUCAGGCGAACAUUUUGAAAAAUACAAGGAGAGGUGGUGUCAAUGUGCAAGGAGAGAUGAAUACACACUAACGGAAAUAGAAAACGAGUCGUUAUCGUUGAUUAUUCGUUGACGACAGACUGCAGUUUAACAUUUUGAAAAAUGGCAUUUAUUAUAAACUACCAUGUAUGAUGUGUAUUUAACAAAAAAGAAAAUCGUAUUCGAAGUAAUGUUUCACUCGGCUCAUCCAAUUAGCCGCCACUUAAACAAAAUUCGGUAGUAUUUUUAAAGACGGCGAUUCCAGUUGUGCAUGUUUUUGGUUUAUUUGAAUGGCUUAUAUGGAUCAAAACGAUUGUAUAAUUUUCAAUUAUUUUACAUAUUAGCCGUACAGGAAGAACGAGGUCCGAGAAAGUCUAAAUUGUCCAAACCCACUGAACUCUCAUUGCCGAGAAACUGGAAAGUGAGAAGUAAGACAGUAAUAUUAUUAUAUAAUAUAAUAGGUCGGAUUCAUAUAUUUGCCUGAAACGUUUUUUUCUCUUAUAAUUAUUAGAACGUCAAUAUUGUGCUAAGUUUAGAUUGAAAUUGAAAUCGGAGUUGAAACACAAUAAUAACGGAAUUUAAAGAAGACAAUACGUAGCUUUUAUCAAAAAAAAAAACAAAUUGCAUACAAAAGUGUUACGGCCAUGUUAGUUUUCGUAUUGUUUAAACUUAAACAGCUUUAAUUUUAUACAUUUUGUUAUUUGUGAUUAUAAAAUCUCCGAUUUUAGUCUACACUUCUCGAUUUAUAUCCCAAGAUAUUUUGCUAGGCCGUCCAUUAAUAAAACGGGGAUAACGCGCUGUGCGUUUAUAAGACGGAGAAAACGCAUGCAUAUCACGCACAAUUAACGAAAAUAUUGUACUCACGUCCAAUAAAUUUAUAAUUUAUUAUAUUAAUAUUCUUUGUAAUAGUUACGAAUUCGUAUCACGGGAGUAAAAAUUUACGUAUUUCCUUUGAAUUUUUCCCGCCGAUUUUCCGAUAGUGUACUACACAAAAAUAGUCAUUACUGGUUAUUUUCCUGGUUCACUGCAGGUGAAUAUAUAUUCGAAAUCGGCGCCCAAAUAUUUUUGACUUGUCUGAGGCAGUGCAGAUUCAGCGACCCGAUGGUCAUAUUACCGAAAUUCGACCAAAACGAAAUACUCCUUAAAACGUGGCAUCAAUCUUUCGUGCUGAUGGCGUCGUUUUGGCCGACCAAUCUCGUCGCGCUAUUUUCCGGGUGAGAAUAACACCGGUAUAAUGUUAGAUUUGGUGUGUCACAAACUCACAACGUGGUUGUAUUUUUUUUAAAAAUUUUCCGUUUUACAUUAAAUCACUUACAUAUAGGUCCAAUUCGAGGGUGGAAAACAUCGUGACCGCUCUGAUCGCCAGCUACCAGGCCGUCAGACUCGAUCCCGUCGAAUACAACCUGGUGCUCGCGCUCAUCUUAUGUCGACCCGGUAAGUGACACAAGAUGAUAAAUAGGACUGUGAAUUUAAUGCACAAGAAAAAUCUUAAAAAAAAGUAUUCACAACUUAAAAAUACUGCCCAUGUGCAGCGGAGUUCCGUUAUUAGGGCCAAAUUUCUUCCCAUUUAUUUUUAUAUUAUACAAAUACUCAUUGUACAAUCAUCAAAUAUAACCGAUUACUGUAAAAUUAGAAUAAUGUGUGUGUUAUACUAAUAUACUACAAAAUUAUAUUCAUACAAAUGUUGACAUUUUAGUAUUAAAAUGGUUGGGGAGAUGCCCUUAAAAGGCACCUUUUUUAGAAAUUUUUUUUUUAAAUUUAAGUUCCGCCGAUUGUAAAAUUAAAUGGUAUUUUUUUUUAUAAGGUUUUUAGUACAUUAAAUCAACAGGCUUAGUUGUUAAUAUCGCCGAGACUUUGUACUAUUACGUUUACACGCUGGUAAUUUUGUUUAACCAAGAUCUGUGCAGUCCGGAGUACAGGGACGAUCUGACCGUCAUCGGUGCCAACGUCAAAGACGCGCUGAUAAGGCACGCGACCGCUAAGUCGCCGACCAGAUACUAUGGGAUAUUGGCCUGCAUAUUGUCGGUCACCGAAGACCUCGCGGGUUACAUAAAAAUCGUCUUCUUAGAGCCAUCCGUCAGAAACGUUCCGAUGAACCAUCUCGUGUCGGUCGUCACUUAG